GUGAGACAGCGGACACUCGGCAGCCAAGUUGUUUCUUUGUUGUAGCACCAAACGGAAUCACGAGAUAAUCAUCGUGGACAGUAAAACCUAUGUCUACUGUGAGAUCCUAAUGGAUAGAGUGUAGCUUUUAGAGUGAUGCCACCACUUUGGAACUCCGUCCUGUCAGCGAUCCUGUGCCUGUCCUUCCCGUGGCUUGCCUUGGCCCAGCAAUGUUCAGACUCAUGCAGAGCCUGCGGUGGGCCAGAGAACAACACGUGUCUUGCAUGUAAAGAUGGCUGGACUCUCCAUGGCCAUCACUGUGUGGAUGUUGAUGAGUGUGACAGCAAGCCGGCUGGGUGCCCCUCGGACACCUACUGCUUUAACACAGAGGGAUCAUACGAGUGCAGAGGAUGUGACCCUGCAUGUGCGGCUUGUAUGGGCAGUGGACCAGCUCGCUGUAAGAAAUGUACAAGUGGAUACGGGAUGACUGGUGCAAAAUGUGUAGAUAUCGACGAGUGCGGUGAGAAUGAACUGGUGUGCCCAGGUCUGGAUGAGUUCUGUGUGAACAUGGAGGGGUCGUUCUACUGCCAGUGUGCUAAAGGUUUCCACCGGGAAGACGGUGUCUGUAAAGCCAUUCAGACAUCAGCUGCCCAUGACAAGGGCUUGUUUGAUGACAUCCAGGAAGAGGAGGUCGAGGUCCUGCAGCAGAUGUUCUUCGGUGUGAUCCUCUGUGCUCUGGCCACACUGGCUGCUAAGGGUGACAUGGUCUUCACCUCCAUUUUCAUGGGGGCGGUGGCGGCCAUGGCUGGGUACUGGUUCUCUGACAGAGGGGAUCGACUGCUGGAAAGCAUGUUGAGAGGACGCUAAUGUUGCCUGCACAUACACACAUGCGCACACAAACACACAAAGGAUACACACAUAUGCACACAUACACACAGAGGAUGCACACAUACACACAUUUGCACACAAACACAC